GGAGCAAAUUAAAAGUUGCCAAAUGGAGAUAUUGGGUUUCAAGAGGAGUGAGACAGCAGUAAAAAAGGGUUUGCCUCUUAGACUCGUCUUUAUGUUAUGCUAAUCGGGAUAAAUAUUUAUGGCUCGACGCGGUUUCGUCCUUUAGCCUUUUCGACGAAUUCCUCCUAGCCGACAAAAACAGGCGUCGUCGACACCGCGGCUAGCUAACCCGAGCACAGGCCGGCGGUUUUUUGGGAAAAAAAAAAAACGGGCGACCCACGGGCGGACAAACAACCCCGCAUCGAGACGCUUCGGUUCGGGGCUCGUCGAGGCAAAUGUGGUUUUUGUUUCUUCCAACGGUGCUGCUGCUGUGAGAUGAGCCCACGUAGAGGACGAACGAAAGCCUCCCCGAGCGGAGCAAGAAAGAAAGAAAGCACGUCAGCGGCGGCGGCGGCGACGACGACGACGGGCGUUUUUGUGCCGCCGCUCGAAUGCGAUUAUCUUUCCGUCGAUUCGGUCUAUUUUUGGAAAUAAAACUUGCGGGCCGAGCCGUACGUUAGCCGUCUUUUGUGUGACGGUACCGAGCGGCUCCGACUAGCUUGGCUGUUUGCGGCGACGCGAGCAUGCUAGGGCGGAUUUGGGACUCCGUGAAUCUGGGCUCUUAAAUUAUACAAAAUGUUUCGGGGAAAAACGCCUUUAAGUCGUGUGUUGUGAUCGGUUCUGUCGUUGUGCCUGCAACUCCGAUGCAUUUAAGCUGCUAAAUGGCGUCUUUUGGUGAAUUAUAGGCACUUUUAGCUCAGUUUUGUAUUUUUUUUAAACCAUAGCUAACGGUACGGUUUGCUCGGUGAAGCUAACGUUCACGGGCUGGAGUUACUGCUCAGCUUUCGGUGGUCCUUUUGGAUUUUUUUUGGGACAAAUUAUUUAUUAUUUUACACCCAAACAGGCCACAUUCGAGGCUUUUUUUGUGGAAUAAAAUGCUAAUCGUUUUAGCUUGAAAAGGUUGCUUUUGCCUCACAGCAACUUUUGAAGGACAAAGACCAAAAAAAACACCCUCGCUCGAGAAAAUAUCGUUCUUUAACAGAUUAAAACUCGGUUUUCUGUGUACUAGUUAACUUCAGGAGGCUGUGUUCUGUCUUUAGGAGUCACAGUAGUUCGGUUUUAACAGCCUGUUCGGUGCUGCAGCUCUUUCGGUCUUUGUUCUCGCUGAACCAAAGAUGGAGGCUGGACGUGGCUCGGCUGUAAAGACAGCCUAUGGCAGGGUAACAGCCAUUUUGUAGCAUUGCAGUUGCUUUGCACAGACAGGAACAACGACAACAACAAAAAAAACCCCACCACAUUUGCCCAUCACCAAAACACCGCAUUCUGAUUGAAACAACACAUUAUUCAAAUGCUGGAUUGGUGACCACAGUGAUUUGAAUUUUCUGGCAUUCUCUCAGCAUGUGUGCACCACAUUGCCUAAAUAAAGUAACUUGACAGCCAUUCAAACAGUCACUCAUUAGUAUGCUGGAUCAAAUAAGUGCCAAUGUGCUUGGUUUUAUCCCCCCCACCACAAGUCCCUCACUUUAUUGCAAUGCAACAAGGGCGCCUAUGUUGGCUGACACAACAUAAAGCCAACACCUCUUUCAAUGUAGAGAUGAGGCUCCAAACAGCCAUUCAAAGGUAUAAAUGGAGCAGGGUGGAGUUAUUUACACUUAAAUGCCCAUUUUCACUGUGUGCAGAGAGACGACCAAUGUGGGACAGCAGAGGAGGGUAAUGGGUGGGAGUUUGUGUGCCAAAGCAUUUGUAGGAGGGGAUGAAGGCCAUCCUGUCCUUCUACUUAUGUACUGAAUAACAAACGUGUCCCCCCGCUUCCCAUUCCACACCCCUGUUUCACACACACUCAUCUGUCUUUGUGCCUCUCCCGACGCUCUCACACCCUCCGUCUCACAUGUACAGUUUUGUAAUUGUACUAAAUGCAGUUUCUCACCCUGCAGCCCAGCCUGUUACAGGAAAGAAAGGGUGUUAAAUGACUGAAUCCAUGCUUCCUGCUGGAAAUCUGUGUCAUGGAUGAUGAGGACGAUCGCCGUCUUCUGGAUAUUUUAGGAGAUGUGGAUGCACUGAAUGAUUAUCUCCAUGGCAGCAACAGCAAGUCUAUUGAGGAGGAUGAUGUGACAAAUGCAGCUUAUGGAUCAGAUGGAUCCUUCUUUGGCAGCGACACCGCUGGCUCCAACACUAGCCUCAAAGAUGGCUCUUCCACAAUGGGUGAAUUUGGCGAGGACUCAGCCGGGGCAGGCCUCCAGCUCUCGAGCAGCCUCUCAUUCAUCGAGGAUGAACUGGGGGCCACGGCGUCCCCUGGAGAGGUGGAUCUUGGGGGAGAGGAUCAGCCCUUCGACAUCCUGCAGAAGUCUCUCCUGGAGGCCGACAUCACGGAGCAGACCCUGGCCCAGGAGGCCUUGUUGGACUCCCAGCCUGCUCCCACUCUGGUGCAGGCUCCUGUUCCCUUCUCCUCCCAGCUGGCCUCGGGGGGUUACGGAAGUGGGGUGGGCGUGGUGACCACGGCGACCGCUGCCUUCACCACAGGCCAGUUCCUGCAAGGAAUGUCCCAGCUGCCCAAUGGCUCCGCCCAGCACAUCCAGGUGUUGGGCUCAUUUGGGGCAGGUGGUGGGGUGAUGACUCUGAGCAGCUUGGAAAGGACUCCUCAGAUUGUGCUAAGGCCGGGGGUGUCUGUAGCUCCGGCAGGGAGCGCGGCAGGGGGGCAGGUGUUUGCCCCUACACAAGGUCAAGUAGGCCAAGUGGGCCUACCCUUCAAAAAUAUCCCCCUUCAGAACAUAAUCAUCCAGAGAGGCCCAGGAGGGACCCAGACUCUUGUUAGACCAAUCCAGCCUAAACCCCUUCAAACGGGGCCUCAGACUGUAUACAGCCUUGGUCUUCAGCCCACUCCCACCACCAUGGCUAACGUAGUGAACGCUAACACUGUGGCUCCCGGGGCUCAGUACACAGCCAAUGGCUCCAUCGUAGUGCAACCGCCUCUGGAGCAGCAACAAGCACAGACCCAAACUAAUAUACCACCUGGACAGUUCUUACUGCCCAGCUCUCUGGCGCUCACUCCGUCCAACACCAUCCACAACGGCCCCGCAGACCCCAACGCGAACACUCUAAUUACCAGUCAAAACACAGUGCAGAUUGUUGCAGGGCAGAGCUUCACUGCACCACCAGGGGGUCAGCUGAUUCUGAAUCAGGGAGUUGUGAGCGGGAGUCAGGUUGGAGGGGGCGUAACUCAGACGUGGACGGGAGUUUCUUGUGCGAGCUCCAACCCCGUUCAAACAUCGUGCGCUCCCGGGCGGCUCACGCUGGUGGGCGCGGCGACGGCGGGGAUCGGCAGUCAAGGCCAAGUGACGGCUAGUCCUGUGCAGCGCCUCCUAGUGACUCAAUCCCAGAACUGCGCCUCUCUGUCGCCUUUACCUGGUGGCGUGACGCAGGAACAACAGGACUACAGACAGAAUUCUUCAUCACCGGCUUUUAAACAGGCACACCUCGGCAGCAUCCAUGUCAUGAAAACCAUGACACAGGACUCAACGCUUAACUCUGAGCCCAGUGCGCAGAAGAGGCUUAUCCUUCCACCGCUUACAAGAGGAGAAAUGAUUUUACAACAGUUGAGGAAGGAUCAUGCUGGAGUUCAGACCCCAGAUCGAAGACAGUUCAAGUCGAUCGAUGACGCGCUGCUCCGACUUCUCCCGUACCACGUGUUCCAGGGAGCUCCACCGAGCCAGGAUGAGUUCUCACAAGUGGAUGAGGAAUUUGAAGUAGUUGCGAGUCAUGUGCUGAAGAGAACCCACGCCAUGGUCAACAAAUACAGACGCCUACUGAUGGUGGAAGCGGAGCGUUCCAGUCCGUCAUCAGAAAUGGUGAUGAUCGACAGGACCUUCAACCAAGAGGAGCGCAGCAACCUGACGCAAGACAAACGCAUGGUACUAGUGGAUCCAGACAACUUCUUGGAGGACUUUUGCUGUGGGAUGAAAUCCAAACAUUUCCAAGACCCCUGCCCCCCUCAGCCGAUGUCCGACUGCAGUUGGAAUCAGUCGGAAGGAGGCUCUACGGAGCCACCGUACAGGACAGACUCCCAGCCCGGGUAUGGAGACCCGGGAGGGGGCGGGGCUGUCGGACCGGCUUCAACAGAGAGACUCCACCCGCCACACCUAGAAAACAAGAGCGUGCUGGAACUGAAGAGAUCCCAGCAGCGCUUCGGGCCCAGCAGCGCCGGCAACAACAGCCUGGUCGCUGCCAACAGCUACCCCCAAGGUAAACCCUCGCAUUUUGCAGCAGCAACAGCGUCGGGAGGACAGACGCACUACCAGCUGUCCUCCCACCCGAUGCAGCCCCAGUACGCCCCUCAGCUCACCUCACCCCCUCACCCCGACACCGAUUCUGCUCUGGAGGCGGCGGUCAACAGCAUCCUGGAAUGUUAAGACUGAUAUCAUCCCCGGUGUAUCAUUUCAACUCCUGUUGCGUGUUUGCGUGUACUUUUUUUAUUUGAUGUCAAACUGAUCUUGUAAUGUUCGUUUUACGCCCCAGAGCCCUGUGUGAAGAGAGGUCAGCUCUUCUUUCAGGUCUAUGAUCUUGGUGAUACGCGGCCAUGUAGCAUGUAUGUAUUUUGCUGUGUUUAUUUUUUUUUUAAACGAGGCAUUACGUCGGCGAGUCUGUCGAGUUGUUAGGCGAACACAGGCACUUACAGUUACCUAUAGAGAUCCGGGAUUGUGUGCAAUGCAAUAGACUAACAGAUGCAAAAUGUUGUUUUAUUUUUCUUUAAAGCGGUAGAGUCUGCAGCAACGUUGCAGCACUGAAUGAACGAGUGCUCCUCUCUUCACACACCAGUUAAUAUUUAGUGCCAGUUGAUGACUCCCCCCCUUUGCCCUACCUUUGCUGAACAACAGGGAUGAGGAGGAGGAGGAGGAGGAGGAGGGACAACGUGAUGACUCGGUGCCUGACUCUAGGUUUUUAUAUGGAAGUGUUUACAUGAAGAAGCUCUAUUCAGAAACAUCCAUUCACUUGUUUCCUCCCCGCAGAACAGCGUGCACACACACACACAUGCUUUUGUACGCCGUAGGUUUUCCUUCACAUUCACACAGACAAAUUGCACUAAACAUACUGUCGCUCAUUUCAGGAACUAGGCUCAACAGAAUGUGAACAUUUGGAACUGAACCAAAAUCGAUUUGCCUGCUUUCAGCUGCCUGCAACAAGGACAACCUCUGACUCACACUAGAAACCCGUCAAACUAGUCACAGAAGACUCAUAAAGUAGUGUUACAGUACUCAGCAGUGCUCUCUUUCUUCUGCUUAAGUCACACUUUCUUUGGCGUUUUUUUUUUCUUUCUUCUUUUGUACCUUAAAGGUAUGCAAGUCCCGACACAGACGGAACAAAUCUUUAUCUCGACCACUUUGAUCGUUCACAGCGAGUUUGUGUCCGUGGAGCUAAGACCUCAGAUUGAGGAAGAUAUGUUAGAAUAUGCUGAAUGAAUCCUUUUUUUUAUUUCCUCAUUUUUAGAAAUGACUUAAUUAAAAACAGAGGACUGUUGGCUGUGACGUGUUCUCCAGGACAGAACGGUCGCAGUGUGAAUGGACGGUCAUUGAUUGUACGUGUUUGUCUGCCUUCUGCAUAUAAUUCUAUACUGAUCAUAUCGUUCUAUGCUUUACUACCUUGACACGUCUGUCGGUGUGUGUGAGUGUGUUAAUCUGCAUCCAUGCACACAGGCCUGUUGUUUUCAUGUAUCUGGGUAGUUUGAUUACCAUAUGUUUGACUUUAAGCAUUUUCUCAGUUCCCCGGGAUGUUUUGAAGCAUUUCUCACAUUUCCUCUCUUUUCCCUCUCAGCAGCGCAACCAAAACUAAUAGAGAGAGAGCGUGGCCUCGUCCAGAAUCCCCCCUCGGCUUUUAUUUAUUUGUUUUUAAAUUCAUGUGGCUGUUUAUGUGAAGCAGCUUUUCUUCCGAAGCCGGAACAACUCCAGUUAUGUUCUGGUUUGGUCUGUUUUUGAGUUUUGUCGUUAACAGCCAAAACUUAGCUUACUGUGAUACGUCAUUACGAUGAAUCCUAAACGUUGGCGUUUUUGUUUUUUUUUUUGGAAUUGCAAAUGAAUCUACUGAAAUCUGCACUGUGGUGUAAGCGAGAGCGGUGGGUUCUGCCGAGCCCAGCACAGGACCAAAGCUUAGGUUAAAUGUGUCGCAUACUCUCGGGGUGGAUUCUGGACGGCGCCACCUUCCUCUUAUGAACAUGUCUGUGAAAUAUGCUUGCUAGUAGGCUACAGGAGAAGACUGAAGGCCUUUUAAAUGGGGUAAUAGAGAACCCAUCUGUCGUUUUUUUUUUUCUUUUAUCGAGUGCCAGUGGCCAUCGCAGCCUGCCUGUAUCUUUGCCUCAACCCUUGCAGACCUCUUCUAUCUACUGAGAAAACUGGGCUCUCUGCUUUGAAAGUAAAUCUCGAAGGGUCAAGUGAGAUUUUUGCUCCUUCAAGUGACUGCUGCAAGAUUUUGUGCCUCUACAGCACUUAGAUCCACGAGGACGUUCCUUUUUUGCUUAAAGUAGGGACGUGUCCGGCGUUGUGUUAUCUGGAUGCAUAUCACGGUCUCGAGGGCCUGCUUGGAACAUACUGUGCUUUUUCUCCCCCGUUUUAUUUAGUGCAGAGAGUUCUUCUUCUUCUUCUUCUGCCUCCAUUUUCACUGUUGUUUUGUCCCACUUGAUUUGUA